UGUACAGUGUUGAUAAGAGUGGCGUUAGUAUAAAGCUAGAGACUUAACCAGUGACAAUAGUUCCGUUGUAGCGAAAAGUGAAAUGAAACGAAAUCAGUUCCAUGGUUAAAUAUAGGCAGGGCUAGGAUGAAUUUCAUUCGACUAUCGAUUACGUCGGUCAGUUUCAUACUGAUACUGCUGCUGAUGGUCGUAAAUAGUGGUGAUGCCAUCGUUGGAGGGAUACCGGCGGCGCCACCGCCGGUCGACGAUCCAGUAGUUUUUGUGCGAUAUGUGGGGAAAUCCGCCCGUCUCGAAGGAACUAGAAAUCGGCAAACGGGUCUGUAUUCCUUCCGCGGGGUACGUUAUGCGGAUGCUCCUACAGGAGAGUACCGUUUCCAGAGACCUCGAUUUAAGCGAUUGAGCGGUGACAUAGAUGCGAUUAAUAAUGGCCCACCUUGUCCGCAACCAGAGCCGAACAAUCCCUACAAAGUAGUCGGAAACGAGGACUGCUUAUUACUAAACAUUUUCACUCCUCAAAUGCCUGACGAAACUACGGGUUUACCAGUGCUAGUGUGGAUUCAUGGCGGAGGAUACCGUUAUGGAUCAGCGGCUCAAUUUGGUGCGGGUCCAUUAACACAGAACGGAGUCAUCUUUAUUCCUAUUCAGUACCGUUUAGGAUCAUUUGGUAUCAUUGGUGAUGGAAGUCGUGAUUUUUCUGGAAACCUAGCCUUGCUUGAUAUGGCCACUGCAGUACGUUGGGUGAAAGAUUAUGUUUCGUGGUUCGGAGGCGAUCCCAAUCAGAUUAAGGUGAUAGGACAUGGGUCCGGAGCAAGGGCUGCAAUGAUUUUAUCAUCAGCCGUCAUGGCUCGCAGCUCAAUAAGUGGAGUUGUGGCAAUGUCUGGUUCAUCGUUGCAACCGAAUUCAUAUGAUUCGGAACCAGUAACAUCGUUGAAUGAAAUUGUGUCAAGGCAUAGCUGUUCUGCUGGCAACGAAACUGAAAUAGUAAAGUGUAUGCGGGAGAGAUCCGUAGAUGAAAUUAUCAAAGUUGAUAGCGAGCUACAAGUUAGUCGUUUGAGUGACCAAAGAGCCGUGAAAUCACUGACUGGAAAUGUUGGAAUUAGUCCAACUGUUGAGCAGAAAGAUGAUGAUCGAGGAUUGCAAGGCAUUUUAGUAGAAGAACCCUCGGUUACGAUCAUGAAAGAAAAUUCACAGAACGUUCCCUUGUUGAUUGGAGUGUCAAAAGACGAAACAGCCAAUGGAAUCGACGUUAAAGAAGUUGAAUCGGCAUUCGGCUCUGCAACAAACUUUUUGAAAACAACUAGUAAAAUUGUUGGGUUGGAUGGUUUCUUGAAACUUAAUAAGUCCAUCGCUAUGUUGGAUUCGCUGGGAAGUGUUCUAGAAUUAUCAAAGUACUUGGAAAUACCAAAAUCAUGGAAUGUGUCACAAGUCUUCGACAAACUGGUUGAAGCAACUACAGACGCCGUAUUCAAUCUACCAGCAAUAGUGACAGCGCAGUCGUGGAGUAAAACAUCCAAAUCAUUCUUCUAUAGUUUCGAACAUCGAUCGGAUAGCACUAGAGGAAGUGAUUUUCUUGGUGGUCUUCCGUUGGUGUCGAAACAAAGCCCAGAUAAACGAAAAGAAGCAGUUGGACAUGGUGAUGAAUUGGGUAUUCUCUUUGAUACACACGACAUACACGGUAAUUUGAUUGCAAGGGCCGCUGUCAAAUCCAAACGAGACACCAAUGCAAGACAAUCAUUUGUCACAUUAAUCGUUAAGUUUGCUCAUAUGAAUGCUAACAGCUCAGGGGACGAUAGUUUGUUUAAGCCUUUUUCUAGCAAAGGAACUCCGUACAUGAAAAUCGGCGAAAAAGUAACAUUAGAGAAUGAUUUUAGAUUCUGUCAAUUAUCGAUUUGGGGAGCUCGGUUGGAGUCAUUGAAGACAAUUUCAUGUAAAUUUUUAGGAGAAGGCCUUGGAAAUUUAGGAAAAGCUGUGAGCGGACUUACUGGUCUUCUCACCGGCGGACAGCAGCAAAAACCUUCCAAAGGAUUUGGUAUACUAUGAAAAAGUCAAUGAGACCUAUUUACAAUAAAUGAGAAUGAAAUAUAACCAACAUCAACAAGCAUA